UUACCUGAAACUCCCUAGUUUUUUCCACUAUUAAUGAAAUUGGUCUUCUUUGAAGGAUUUGAAACCACUCGUCUAAUCCACAUUCCUCCUCUUUUCUCUCCUACCAAACGACCAUAGCUCCCAAAAUCCUCACUAUUUCUCUCACCCCUCUCCCUCCUCCCACUUUUCUCUCCUACCAAACAUGCUCUUAAGCUCAGAGUGUCGCAUAAUUUCUUGUGCAUUUAUUUCCCAAUGUCGAAAUUUGUUGUUGGAAAUCAAGGGGGAGAAAACGAAGUGAUUAUUUUUCCAGAUCUUUAGGAUGAUUGGGUAACAAGUUACUGCUACUAAUACCCAAAGAAGAUUAAAUUUGUACUCAUCUCGUAAAUAUAUUUGCACAUUUCGACCCUUCAAAAUAGGUCUAUGGAGUUUUUGUUGCUUUUGCUUAAAUUGUGGGAUAUUCUGGGCAUAUACUUAGAUUAGGGAAUGGAUGAAAUAUAGCUCUCUCUCGGAUGUAUCCUUUGAAGCGUAAUAAGACAACUUACUUUAUCCAGUGCAAACCGACUGAAACUGUUUUGGGUAUCAAACAGAAAUUGCAUGUUCUUAUUUAUCAAGCAGUAAAUGAUCAGUCUUUGAUCCUAAUGAGCGACGGGCAAACAGGGCAAGUACUGGAGGAUCAAAAGACAUUGGCAGAUGAGAAGGCAACAGUCUUUUAUUGCGUGGAAAAUGAUGCUGUCGUGGCAUUAACUUUGAGAAAAGAUGACAAUGAGUUUGAAGAGGUGAACAUUGUACGGCCAAAUGAUUUCUACCAAUCACGUGAGGGCGACGGAGGCAAUGGGUGAAGUGUGGGGAACUCGCCCUUGCGAAGCUAACUGGCUGCAAUAAAGAAAGUGUAGGUGCAUUUGUCGACUCAUUUAGCCAUGAUCCAUCUUCUAAUACAGUGAUAUAGUCCUUCUAUACUCGAUUAAAUAAUAGACAAGAAUUGUAUCAACAGUUUAGAGAUAUCAAUCUUGGGAUUUGGCGCCGUGAUUUUGUGCUGCUUAUCAAAGCGAUAGAGUGAAGUGUCUUGAGCUAACCUUCAUGCAAUGUCAUCGAACACAAAUUGUGCUCAAAGAUGUUUGCACUUUUGUUCAUAUGCAUUGAGUUACAUUCUCUUUUUUUGUUUUGUUU